AUGGGUACAUCAAGAGAAGUUGAGGAAUUUGUUGAAAGUGGGCAUGGUGAGACGUCAAAAACAAUUAAUGAAAGUGUGACUGUGGACCUCUCUACAAGUAAAGAAGGUACAAGUUUGAACUCAAACAAGCAUGAUAUUGAGCAAGUGGAUUGCACUACUCCAAUUGAAGAUUGUGCGAUGAAGAUUGUUGAUGAACCUAAGUCUGGGAUGACCUUCAAGGAUGAAGCCACACUAAGUGCAUAUUACAAGCGAUAUGCAAAACAAGAGGGAUUUGGAGUGAGGAUACAAAGAACUAAACGAGUGUCAAAUGGGGCAAUGAAGUAUAUUACACUUGGUUGUUCAAGGGGUGGAAAGCAUACAAGUAGUAGUAGUAAUGUAUCGAAGCCAGGUCCAACAACAAAGAUAGAAUGUAAGGCAAAAAUCAAUGCUCGGCUCAAUAAUGGUGAGUGGUGUUUGACUAGUUUAGAACUUAACCACAAUCAUGGAUUGAACCCACUAGUGCCUAGAUAUUUUAGAUGUCAUCGAAACAUAGACUCACUUGCUAAAUGGAAGCUAGAAUUGAAUGACAAAGCUGAGAUAAGGAUGAAUAAGAACUAUUAUUCAUUUAUUGUUGAAGCGGGAGGGUUUGACAACCUACAGUUCACAGAAAAAGAUUGCAGAAAUUUCAUUGACAAGGCAAGACACCUUUGCCUUGGAAAAGGAGGUGGUGUGGCACUCCUAGAAUAUUUUGAGAGGAUGCGUGAUAUGAAUCAUGACUUUUACUCCAUUACGGACUUGGAUGAGGAGGAAUUUAGAUUAAAAAAUGUAUUUUGGGCUGAUGCACGUAGUAGAGCAUCGUACCUAUAUUUCGGGGAUGUUGUAACAUUUGAUACAACUUAUUUGACUAAUAGGUACAGAAUGUCAUUUGCUCCUUUUGUCGGUGUAAAUCAUCAUGGUCAAUCCAUACUUCUAGGUGUAGGGUUGAUAUCUAGUGAAGACACACAUACAUUUGUAUGGUUGUUUAGUGUGGUUAAAGUGUAUGGAUGGCCGAGCACCAGUUGCAAUCAUAACAGAUCAGGAUCGUGCAAUGAAUAG